AUGGACGAAAAUCCCAAAGAGAGCGGCAGCAGCAGCGGCGGUGCAAAGUUCCGGGGCGUGCGGCGGCGGCCGUGGGGGAGGUACGCGGCGGAGAUUCGCGACUCCAACCGGCACGGCGCUCGGAUUUGGCUCGGGACGUUUGGCACUGCUGAGGAGGCGGCCCGAGCAUAUGAUCAGGCCGCGUAUACCAUGAGAGGACAGCUGGCUGUCCUCAAUUUCCCCCACGAGUACCCGGCAUUCGCUUCCCGGUCCUCAUCCUCGUCCUCGUCCUCAUCCUCGUCUUCGGCGUUAUCGACCGUGGCGCCGAGAAAUGAAGCGGAGGAGGGGAAACAAGUGAUCGAGAUUGAGUACUUGGAUAACAAGUUGCUGGAAGAUCUUCUUGAAUUUGGAGAGAAAAACACAACUAAAUAGUAAUACUCCUAGUUUCUUAAUUUGCUUAUGAAUGUCACGUAAUCGGGAAUGGUACAACAGAGUAAUACUACUUGAUUAAACAGAGUAAUUGCUGUCAAUAAAUUAAAUUAGAAUUGAUUCAGCAGUGCAAGCGUGAGAUAUACUUGUAUUAUUAUUCAUUUAAUCAUUUA